AUGCGAACUCGAUCGAGUCGGUCAACAGAAGACUUGGUCGAGCUAGAUUUCACCACGGGUAGAAAGAGAAGUCAGAGAACUCAGAGGGUACAAGAGGAACCUGAGGUGCUUGUUACUGAUACCAUGGAUGUACCAGAGGGGAAUGGAAACCCUUUGGGCAAUGGACUCGGUCGAGCUAGGCAAACUCGACCGAUUGGUCUAGGAGAUGCUCCAAACCGCCAUCAACAGAGACAAGGGAUUGUUCCACCACCAGUGCAGAACCACAACUUUGAGAUCAAGCUGGGAAUGAUCAACCUUGUCAGAACAAGAUGUUCCAUGGAUUGCCAAGUGAAGACCCCAUUGACCACCUUGAUGAGUUUGAUAGGCUUAUGUGAUUUGACAAAGAUCAAUGGUGUCUCUGAAGAUGCCAUCAAGCUGAGACUCUUUCCUAUGUCUCUAGCUGACAAAGCUCACCAAUGGGAGAAGAGCUUGCCCCAUGGCACAAUCACCACUUGGGAUGAAUGCAAGAAGGCCUUUCUUGCUAAGUUUUUCUCCACCGGUCGCACAGCCAAGCUAAGGAGUGAGAUAUCGAGCUUCAUACAGAGGAACAAUGAGACUUUUGCUGAGGCUUGGGAGAGAUUCAAGGGCUACUGA